AUGCUCAGAUGCAUGGGCAUUUCUGCAGGCCCCCAGGCUGGCCCUUCUGCAGGGCAGAGAGGCACGCUCGAGCUGAAAUCAAGAUGCAUGUCUGCCUCUUCUCUUUACUGCUGUUUCGUCUCUGAGCUGCCUUCAACGUCUAGGAGCUUGGUGGGUGUAGACACAUUACGUGCCGGAGAUCCUACAUGCUCCAGGCCCCGGGUGUUUUUGCGACUUGCAGAAAUACCUCCACCUUGCCUGGGCCUGGAGCCACAGGAGACCCUACUGAAGGUGAAGAAUGUUCUGGAACAAUGCAGGACCUGCCCAGGCUGCCCCCUGGAGCCAGCGUCCUGGGGUCUCUGUGCGGCACCCAGCAACGUGAGCUUGCAGGACCCCAAGGAGCCCUCCUUCUGCUUGGAAACUGAGGAUGACUGGAAGGACCCAGAGGCCCUGAGCUCACUGCUGCUGUUCCUGAACGCCCCCGGGUACAAGGCCAGCUUCCAUGGCCUCUAUGAUGUGGUGUUGCCAUGGCUGAGCAGCAUGUUCUGCAGCUUUAGCGACGAGGAGGAACUGACUGGGCGCCUGGCACAGGCCCGAGGGGCGGCCAAGAACGCUGGCCUCCUCACGGCCCUGGCCAGACUCCGCUUCCUCCUGGCGCGGCUGUGCAGCAGGAGGCUCAAGCUGUCCCAGGCCCGGGUGUACUUUGAGGAAGCACUGGGGGCCCUGGAGGGCAGAAUUUACCGGAAGCAGAACCGGGAGAAGUGUACACAGGUGGUUCCCAAAGUCAUGGCCCUGCUCCUGGGGAUGCCCGGCCACAUCUGCAGCACCGAGGUGGAGGGGGAGCUCCUGCAGCUGGCGCUGCAGCAGGCGGUGGGUGGCCAGAGCCUGCAAGCCGAGGCCCGGGCCUGCUUCCUGCUGGCCAGGCACCACGUGCACCUCAAGCAGCCCGAGAAGGACCUGCCCUUCCUAGAGCAGCUGCUGCUUUUGCACAGGGACUUGGGAGCCCCAGAGGCUGCGUGGCUCUCAGACUGCUCCCUCCUCCUGGCUGACAUCUACAGCCGCAAGUGCCUGCCCCACCUGGUGCUGAGCUUUGUCAAGGUGGCCUCAUCGAGGACACAGGACUCCCUGGCCGGCUCGUUGAGGCGUGUGAACCUGGUGCUCCAGAAUAGGCAAGCACGGCGCGGGGGCCUCCGAGCCCAGCCAGCCUUGCUUCGAUGCUGGGAGACUAACGUCUUCCAUUUUGUCUUCUGCCCAGGCCAGCUGCGGUCCGUCCAGCGGCUGUGCUACUUCUACAGCACCGUCAUGCCCAGCGAGGCCCAGUGUGUCAUCUACCAUGAGCUCCAGCUCUCCCUGGCCCGCAAGGUGGCCGACAAGGUGCUGGAGGGGCAGCUCCUGGAGACCAUCAGUCAGCUCUACCUGUCCCUGGGUACCAAGCGGGCCUACAAAUCCACUCUGGACUACACUAAAUGAAGUCUGGGGAUUUUCAUUGAUCUUCAGAAGAAAGAGAAGGAGGCGCGUGCCUGGCUGCAAGCAGGGAACAUCUAUUACAGCUGCCUACAGCAGAGCGAGCUGGUGGACCUGUACAUCCAGGUGAGUGGCAAGGGAUGCAGGAGGACCCCUGUGCUGUUCACUCUCUGUCCAUCCACCCAUCCAUUUAUCCUUCCAUCAUCUAUUUACCUGUUCAUCCAUCCAUCCAUCCAUCCAUCCAUCUGUCCAUCCAUCCAUCCAUCAUUCAUCCAUCCUUUUCUCAUCCAUCUAUUCACCCGUCUAUCCAUUCAUUCACCUGUCCAUCCACCCAUCCAUUCAUCCUUCCAUCAUCUAUCUGUUUACCUGCUCAUCCUUCCAUCCAUUCAUCCAUCAUCCAUCCAUUCUUCCAUCAUCUUCCCAUAUACCUGUGGGUCCUUCCAUCUAUC